AUGAGCCUCGCCCACUCCUUGUGUGUUUUUGUGCUCUGUGCUUCUCCUGCCAUCAAUGGACAGAGCGACUUGAAGGAAGUAAAGGUAGCAUUCAAUGAUGCCCAAAUACCUGCAGACGCACAUAUCACGUUUGAUCCUAGUGUCUUACUGCAAGUCAACUUUCCUGCCCACGACGGAUCGAACGGAACGGUCCUAGAGACUCCCGGGACACAGCUGUCUGUCGCAGCGGUUGCCCCGUUUCCCUCUUUCGCGUUGAAGGGGAACCAUCUCACCACGAGCGGCCAGUUUGUGAUCAUGAUGUUCGACCUUGAUGCGCCCAUCCCAGAGCUGUCCCUUGUGUCUCCGUACCGGCACUUCCUGGGUAGUAACUUCAGUAUCUCCGAGGUUUACGACCAGUCUUCAAGCUUCGCCAGUCAAGAAUACAUCACGUCGACCACACCACGGAUCAUAUGGAACACAUCUCUGCAACGAACGGUCAACAAGACUCGACCUGACGCUUUUCGCAGACACGCGAUGCUGCCUUCAAGCCAUGGUCCGGUGACGAACGACCAUGACGAGUCUGACGGGCGGGAGAUAGACCUGCAAUCCACCCAACCAAUUCAGCUGGACGGUGGCCGAAUGCAGCGCAUCUUGCAUGCUGAGGAUGAGUACUCAUGGCGUCCUCUUGUCGGGCUCGGUGGGAUCUGGCUUACUUUUGUUCUCGGAAAUCGCUUCAUCGGCAUUCCCCACUCAAGGCGAUGGGCAUGGCGCAUUAGAAUAACUAAAUUAUGCACGGGCGUCGGCGUUGUCAACUUUUGUGUCCAGGGAUCAUUGACCUUGGAGGCACAGCACAAACAGGACCCGUCUGCGAAGACCAUCCUUGAAGCGGGACGGCUUAUCCGUAUCCUUGGGGCCGUACGUGAGGACCACCCCAUGCGUAGGGCCUUUCUACGGCCGGGAUCUGUGCACGCAUUGCGUCCGUUUUUUGACCCAGGCAUGAUUAGAAAAGAGAUCUUAGACAGUCAAAAGACAAUUCCUUAUGAACACGUCGCCAUCUGA